UCGUUCACUUUUUCUUCCUAUAGAAACUUCUCUCUUUGUCUUUGUCUCUUUCUCUGUCUCAAAUCUAAUAAAUACAUCAUUUGCAUCUUAACAUCUUCUCAAGCGCAAAAAUGCACGCUAGCUAUAUUCUAUACCUCAUCGUGCUCGUCUCCUUCGCUGCCGGAGAGAGAUUCAAAGAGGCUCCAGAGUUCUUCAACUCACCGGACUGUCUCACCAUCCAAAACGACGAUGGUUUUAUCUGUUCAGACAAAGCCGUUCACGUGGCAAUGACCUUAGACACGGCUUACCUCCGUGGCUCAAUGGCCGUGAUCCUCUCCGUCCUCCAACACUCUUCUUGUCCUCAAAACAUUGUUUUCCACUUCGUCACUUCAAAACAAACCCACCGACUCCGAAACUACGUCGUUUCUUCUUUCCCAUACUUGAAAUUUAAGAUCUACCCUUACGACGUAGCCGCCAUCUCCGGCCUCAUCUCCACCUCCAUCAGAUCAGCGCUCGACUCUCCUCUAAACUACGCAAGAAACUACCUCGCCGACAUCCUCCCCACGUGCCUCUCACGUGUCGUAUACCUAGACUCGGAUCUCAUACUCGUCGACGACAUCUCCAAGCUCUUCACCACUGACAUCCCCGGCGACGUCGUUUUAGCCGCCCCCGAGUAUUGCAACGCGAACUUCACCACGUACUUCACGCCGACUUUCUGGUCAAACCCUUCUCUCUCCAUCACGCUCUCCCUCAACCGACGCCAUUCGCCGUGCUACUUCAACACUGGAGUGAUGGUUAUCGAGUUAAAGAAAUGGAGAGAAGGAGAUUACACGAGGAAGAUCAUUGAGUGGAUGGAGUUACAGAAACGGAUCAGAAUCUACGAGUUGGGAUCUUUACCGCCGUUUUUACUUGUCUUCGCCGGAAACAUAGCGCCGGUAGAUCACCGGUGGAACCAACACGGUCUAGGAGGAGACAACUUCAGAGGACUGUGCCGGGACUUGCAUCCAGGUCCAGUGAGUUUGUUGCAUUGGAGUGGGAAAGGGAAGCCUUGGGUAAGGGUAGACGGUGGCAGACCUUGUCCGCUCGAUGCACUUUGGGCUCCUUAUGAUUUGUUAGAGCCACGGUUCGAUCAUCUCAUCGAGAGUUAGAUUAAUUAGAGUCUUCUAUCUUUUUUGAAAUACAUAUUUUGACUGGAUGUGAAGAGGAAUACUCAUACUUGAAUACAGUAAUAGGGAGGAUAGUUGGAUAUGUAAUUAGUUUGGUGAUGGUGGUAACUUAUUGCCUGCUUCUAGCAUGAUACUUUCGAUGCCUAUACCGUAAUAGUUAAUUGUGAAUAUAUCUACCGAAUGUACUAAAAGGCAAGCCUAAGGAAUAAGGAUGUAAUAAAAAUAAUAAAUAUGAAUUUUCAAUAAAUCUCUUUUUUUU